UUUUGGUUUUUGAGAGAGGAAGAAGACGAAAGUAAUCGAAAAUACGUUUGGAUAUGACGAAAUUUUCUUACGUUCUCACGAAGAUUUAUCGAUCGUGGGAACGAGACAGACAGAAAGGAUAUAUCAAAAAGAUCACUGUGACAUUGAGAAGGAAGAAGUUAAUUGAAUGAUAUUCCCGAUCGACCUUUAUCUUUCUACGUUUAUUUUGAAUCAGUGUGAUGAUAUCUAACGUUAUGUGAGAGAAUUUGAUAGGAAAAAGGAAGAAGGAAAAAAAGAAGAAAAACAAAGAAAGAAAAGGAAAGAGAGAAAAAAAAUAUGCUUCGUUAGAUAGAAACUGAACGAGUCUGUGUUGUGUUUGACGUCAUUCGGACAACACAGCCGUCCUUAGUCGAAAGAAAAUUCGAAACGUACGAGGAGUGAAUUUAGCGAUGCUACUACUUCCACAGUUUCGUCGUCAUCAUCAAAUACGAUCAGAAUCGUCAUACGGAUUUGUAAUACUUAAGAUUGCACAAAGUUCUGUUCGAAAAAUGUUCCGUCGUUUUUGCGUUGAGCCUCGACUUGUUCUUCGUGAAGGAAGAUAUACGUUUGUGGAUUUGCAUGUCGUAAGAAAAUUUGUUUAUCGUACCGAACGGAUAUAUUUAACAUCGUGAAUGUAUUCAUGAAAAAUACAAAGCUUUUCGAGUUAGUAACGUUGGAUCGUAAAUCUCAAAGUAUCGACGUCUCUUACGUAAGAUACCUAGAUAUCAGCUAUCUCUCUCUCUCUCAUGCACACUCUCUAUCCAUCCAUCCAUCCAUCUAUCUAUCUUUAAGUUUAUACUUGAUGAAUUGUAAGACGAGAUAGAGAGAAAGAGAGAGAGAGAGAGAGAAAGAGAGUACAAGUGCAAGAAGAUUCAAGGUAGACAGAAUGAUUCAUUCACCUACAAUGGAUCGGAGCUAACGUUCGCGAUUGAAUUUUUCGUUCGUCGAAGAAAUUGGAUAAAAAGAAAAAAGAAGAGGGAAAUAUCCGAAGGAAAAGAUGAAAGUCCGAAGUUAUCCUGGUCGGGCCGUAUUGGAAGACCCGGAACUUCUAUUGGACCCGGACGCGACACGAGGUCGUGCGAUGGAGUUACUUUACGAGGCCAGUUGGAGAGAAUGUGGCAUCAACUGGACAAACGACAGUAGGAGCAACAAGGUGGUGUCUCGUGAACGGGACGAACUGGAAUGCCGAGAACCGUACGCCGAGGUGAUCUCACAAUUGGAAGGAGUACUGGAGGGUAGUCCUAAUAGUGGUGGUGGUGGUGGUGUUAGUGGUGUUAGUGGUGUUACUGGUAGUGGUGGUGAUAUUGACGAUGUAGGUGGUGACGAUGGUGCCGAAGAUUCUAGAGGUUCUUCCAGUCCAAGAGAAUGUGGGAGAUCUAGGAGAUCUAGCAGCACUGAUACCACAGCUAGUAGUACCGAUUCAUCCGAAACGAAUCAGGCUGUUGUUGGCAAUGGCCAAAGCGGAUUUCUCAUUCCAAGACCGAGACUCAUCGUACCGGUUCACACCUACGCUAGGAGACGACGAACCGGGGCUCCGCAACCUAUCAGAAGACGGCAAAUACGCCAAGAGGGUAAAGUUGAAGUAUCGAGGGACGGCAAGUACCUAAGCAAUUUGACGCCAGGCAAGGUUCUUGGUGAAUUAGCAAUCCUUUACAAUUGCAAAAGGACAGCAACGAUAACUGCUGCAGUUGAUUGUAGACUAUGGGCCAUAGAUCGACAAAGUUUUCAAACUAUUAUGAUGAGGACAGGCCUCACAAAACAAGCAGAAUAUACCGACUUCUUAAAGAGUGUACCUAUUUUCAAGAAUUUACCUGACGAAGCUUUAACAAAAAUUACUGACGUUUUAGAAGAAACUACCUAUAACAAUGGUGAUUAUAUAGUUAGACAAGGUGCCAGGGGUGAUACUUUCUUUAUUAUUAGUAAAGGACAAGUACGUGUUACUAUGAAGCAAAAGGAUUCGAUAGAAGAUAAAUUUAUUAGAACAUUACGUCGUGGUGAUUUCUUCGGUGAAAAAGCUUUGCAAGGUGACGACCUGAGGACUGCUAACAUCAUCGCAAACGAUGUCGAUGGUGUCACUUGUUUAGUCAUAGAUCGUGAAACUUUCAAUCAAUUAAUCUCUCCUUUGGACGAGAUACGGAAGAAAUACGAAGAUGAACUCGUGGAACGACGAAGAUUGGACGAGGAGUUCCGACACGUUCAAUUGCACCAUCUACGACGGAUCGCUACCCUCGGUGUUGGUGGCUUUGGCCGUGUCGAAUUAGUUCAAAUUGGUGAUGACAGUUCUCAAGCAUUUGCGUUAAAACAGAUGAAAAAGGCACAGAUAGUCGAAACGAGGCAGCAACAACAUAUAAUGUCGGAAAAACGUAUCAUGAAUGAAACUAAUUGUGACUUUAUCGUCAAGUUAUACAAAACGUUCAAAGACGACAAGUAUUUGUAUAUGUUAAUGGAGGUAUGUCUAGGAGGAGAACUAUGGACUGUUCUCAGAGACAGAGGACAUUUCGAUGAUCCCACUACAAGAUUUUAUACUGCUUGUGUCGUCGAAGCUUUCGAUUAUUUACAUUCACGAAAUAUCAUUUAUCGUGAUCUCAAGCCGGAGAAUCUUCUAUUGGAUAACGAAGGUUACGUUAAAGUCGUGGACUUUGGAUUUGCCAAGAGAUUGGAUCAUGGAAAAAAGACAUGGACAUUCUGCGGUACGCCAGAAUAUGUCGCACCGGAAGUUAUUCUCAAUAGAGGCCACGACAUAAGCGCCGACUAUUGGUCCCUCGGUGUCCUUAUGUUUGAACUUCUCACUGGAGCGCCGCCAUUCACCGGUUCUGAUCCAAUGAAAACAUAUAACAUUAUUUUAAAAGGCAUCGAUACCAUCGACUUUCCGAAGAUCAUAACACGUAACGCUUCUGUCUUGAUUAAAAAACUUUGCAGGGACAAUCCGGCGGAACGGCUUGGCCAUCAGAAAGGAGGCAUUAGCGAAAUACAAAAGCACAAAUGGUUCGACGGCUUCAAUUGGGAAGGCCUACGACUACGUACACUAGAUCCACCAAUAAGACCUCGUAUACGUGCUCCUAUCGAUACUUCUAAUUUCGACGAAUACCCACCAGACAACGAUCCAGCGCCUCCAGACGAUCUAUCCGGAUGGGACGCUGAUUUUUAAUUUAACGUUAUAAAGACGAAUGAGAAGAGAG